AUGGCGACCAAGACGCCGGGGGGCUCGGCCAAGCCCAGAACCUUCCCUCUCAUGUCCCGCGACGACAUUGAGGCUAUGAUUGCCGACGGGAAGAAGCUCAUGAUUGUCAACCAGGAAGUCCUAAGGGUUGACGCUUGGAUCCCAUAUCACCCAGGUGGCGACAAGGCUAUCCUGCACAUGGUUGGCAGAGAUGCGACCGACGAGGUUACUGUUUUACAUUCGAAAGAGGCCGCCCAUCAAAUGCUGCGAUACCGAAUCGGUCGAAUCGAUUUCCAAUGGAAGAACUUCGUCCCCCCCAUCCAGGGCGGGCACUUCAGGACGAAAGCUGAGAUCGAAGAGGAGACUUUGUCGGUAGAGAGCGGAAGUAUCAAAGGACAGGAUUCAUCGAGUUCGCCCAGCUCUCCGGCCUCGCGCUCUCCCUCUCCCACGUUCGACACGGAAGACUAUAGCUUGCGACAUCGCCAUAAUGCUGGGAAGACCACCGACUCUGCGCAGACUUCCCAACCAGCCACGAAAGAAGAUUCUUCGCACGAAACACCAAUGGAUGGCAUGUCGUUUCUUGAUACUCUAACCCACGAGCACAUUACCCUCGACCUGGACAAGUACCCAUCCCCGGACACCGAAACUCAGGCCAGCAUCAUUGCCAAGUAUCGAGAGCUACAUCAGAGGAUCAAGGAUGCUGGGCUUUACAAGUGCAAUUACUGGGCCUAUGGCGUAGAGUGUAUUCGAUACGUGUCCCUCUUCACAGGCAUGCUUGUCCUCCUCAAAUAUGGGUAUCCCCUGGUGGCCGCAGUCUGCCUUGGUUUGAUGUGGCAUCAGCUUGUGUUUACAGCCCAUGACGCCGGACACAUGGGCAUCACACACAACUAUCAGCUAGACUGCAUGAUCGGUAUCUUCAUUGCCGAUUUCGUGGGUGGCCUGUCUCUCGGUUGGUGGAAGUGGAGUCAUAACGUCCAUCACAUCGUCACCAAUGCCCCUGAGCAUGACCCCGACAUUGAGCAUCUGCCCUUCUUUGCCAUCUCCCACCGGUUCCUCUCCAAUCUGCGCUCCACAUACCAUGAGCGCAUCAUGAAAUAUGACGUUGUAGCCAAGAUGAUGCUGAGGAUUCAGCCGUACACAUAUUAUCCGAUCCUUUCCUUGGCUCGGUUCAACCUGUACGUCCAGUCCUGGGAUUAUCUCAUCAUGGGCCGUGGACCUAAAAAGGGCCCUGGAGCGUGGCAUCGCUAUUUGGAGAUGGUCGGACAGUGCUUCUUCUGGACUUGGUAUGGAUACGGGAUCAUCUACAGGUGCAUCCCAGAUGGCUGGAGCCGGUUCGGGUUCUUCAUGAUCAGCCAACUCGUUUCCUCACCAGUUCACCUCCAGAUUGUGCAGUCCCACUUUGCCAUGAGCACUGCAGACCUCGGACCCGAAGAGUCAUUCCCACAGAGGCAGUUGAGGACCACCAUGGAUGUCGACUGUCCCCCAUGGCUCGACUUUUUGCACGGCGGUCUCCAGUUUCAGGUUAUCCACCAUCUGUUCCCCCGUGUGCCGCGCCACAACCUCCGCCAGACACAGAAGCUCGUCCAGGAGUUUUGCAACGAAGUCGGGAUCCCCUACGCUCUGUACGGCUUCGCUGGGUGCAACGGGCAGGUGAUUGGGAGGCUGGCAGAGGUGUCACGCCAGGCUGCUGUGCUAGCCAAGUGCCAGAAGCACAUUGUUGAGACGGGAGAAUGGCAUUGA